AUAUAGAAACAGAAAUGAAAAGUGGUCAAACACUAACUCCAGUCUCUGGAUCACCAGGACCCCACGUCGUCCUCUGCUCUUUGUUCCCCCUGCGAACGUACUACUACGUUGACAUGGUAACAAACUGGACCAGUGCUCAGAACUACUGCAGAGUCAACUAUGAUGACCUUGCAACCACAGAGAGCAUGAGUGACAUAAACAUGCUAAAGUCAGCGUUUCCGUGGUCCUGGAUCGGUCUUAGUGACGACCCAAACUCCUGGAAGUUCAACAUGGGCAAUGACUCCAACUCCUGGAGGUGGUCAGCAACUGGUGACACAAGCAAAACUGGUUAUCAAAACUGGAUUGAAACUGAACCAAAUCGAAAAGGAGGAAAUGAAAGCUGUGUGAUAAUGACCCCUGGUGGAGGAUGGAAGGAUGUGUUGUGCAGCUUAAUGCAGAGUUUUGUUUGUUACAGUGCUUUAAACCAAAGUCAUAAAACCUACACGUUCGUCUCAAACAUGUCGACCUGGACCUCUGCCCAGUCGUACUGCAGGGAACACUACACAGACCUGCCGGUGAUCGACAACAGCUUUGAGAACACUGACGUCUAUGAAACCAAACCAGGCUCUGCUCAGGUUUGGAUCGGUCUGUACAGAGUCCCGUGGGUCUGGUCCGACAAGUCCCAAAGCACCUUCAGACACUGGCAGCCAACCAAACCAAACAACUACGGUGGAAACCAACACUGCGUGUCUGUCAGUGGUCAAGGUGAAAUGGACGAUGACACGUGUGCAACCAACUACCCAUUCAUCUGUCAGCAAGUCUCCAAACAGAAGACCACGCUGAGAAUGAAGAUCCAGACAAAUGCUGACAUAAGCAGCCUCAUCAUUAAUGAUCGCAUCCUCCAACAGCUAAUUGUCCUUUUAUCAAGUCAGGGUCGGACUGAUUUCAAGAUUAAAUGGAAAAUUCAUCCUAAAAGACAUGAGGAAGCAACACAGACUCAGUGUAAUCUACACCUGUAACUUAUUAAAAUAAAUUAAA